GCUUUUAUUUCUUCAAAACUGCAAGUCAUUGGUGUAAUGGAUGUGACGAUGUGCGAGAUGUGCCCGAAAAAGAUUGACAACUUAGUUACCGGACUUUGUGACCGUUGUAUGCCCAUUUGGGCUGAAAAAACCCAACCGGAAAAGAUGAGAUUCACUCUGGACCAAACUAGGGCUAUGAUCGUGGGAAUGGCCCGUGGUCCACAGGAUUUGAGGCGAAUGGAUCCCGUCUUUCGAGUGGCGGCUAAAAGAACGAGGUUACUGCGUCUACAAAAAGUUCAGUUGUUCCAGAAGGUGCGCUUCCAUUUCCAGCAGGGCAUUCUCAACACUCCAUUCCACGACCCGCAGCCCAAAUAUGUCGUCGAAGAGGACUAUUGGAAUGUUCCGGACAUCCUGGAUGAGGAUUUAAUCUCGUUCCAGAAGGAUAUUGACCUGCUGAGCGAUGUGCCACAGCAGUUGGCUAAAGACCCUGACCAGAACAACAACAAAAACCCAAAAAUAUAAAAAAAGACAAAAAAAAAAAGAAUGUGAUUUUAAAAUAUUAUGCACU